AUGGCAAAGAUCUGCACAGACCAGUCCUACCCGGCAACGACGCGGCAACGGCCAUCUCUCUGCACGCCAAAUGACAAUCUGGACUCCAUUGAGAACGGAACCCCCAGGUCCAACUCAGAGUGUGAUGACACCUCGUCAGAGAUUCAGGGUUCUGUCUCCGUGUUAACCAGCAGACAGCCAGAGUCUCACAGAGAUUCCUUCACAGGGUCAGGAGCCCUGGCCAGGAUGCACCGCGAGGUGGAGAGACCGGACCUGGAACGCUUCAGGACCCCUGAGCUCAAAGAGGUCUCCAGCAGAGAGAGCAACGCACGGUCACAGGGAUACCCCGACAGAGUCCGCAAGAGGAACAAAAAAGAUGACAAGGACGAAAUAAAGAAAGAGGAGAAAAAACAGGAAGAGCAAGAAGAUGAGAAGAAAGAGGAGGAGCCUAAGAAGGAAGAGGAGGAGCCUAAGAAGGAAGAGCCUAAGAAGGAGGAGCCUAAGAAGGAAGAGCCUAAGAAGGAGGAGAAGAAGAAGGAGGAGCCACCGAAAGAGAUUUGGAUCAUGGACCCAUCAACAGACAAAUACUACACGUGGCUCACCAUCAUUGCAGCACCAUGUUUCUACAACCUGAUGAUGCUAGUGACCAGGGCAUGUUUUAACGAACUCCAGAACACAUACACAAUGCUGUGGAUUGUCCUGGACUACACCUCAGACGUAGUCUACUACGCAGACACAUUCGUCAGGUCUAGAACAGGUUAUUUGGAACAGGGGCUGCUUGUGAAAGACAAACAAAAGCUUCUGGACAAAUACAGACAAACGGAACAGUUCAAAUGGGACGUCAUUUCAAUGAUUCCCACAGACCUGCUUUUUCUGAAAGUGGGCAUCAACUACCCCGAGCUCCGACUGAACCGGCUCGCAAAGAUGAACCGCCUCUUUGAGUUCUUCGACCGCACUGAAACCAGAACCAGCUUCCCCAACGUUUUCAGAAUCAGUAACCUGGUACUUUACAUCCUGAUCAUCAUCCACUGGAACGCCUGCAUCUUCUUCGCCAUCUCCAAGACCAUCGGGUUCGGGUCCGACACCUGGGUGUACCCCAACAUCAGUCACCCUGAGCACGGCCGCCUUUCCAGGAAGUACAUCUACUGUCUCUAUUGGUCGACUCUGACCCUGACCACCAUCGGAGAAACCCCGCCCCCCGUCAGGGACUUUGAGUACCUCUUCGUGGUCGGCGACUUCCUCAUCGGCGUGCUGAUUUUCGCCACCAUUGUCGGUAAUGUUGGCGCCAUGAUCUCCAACAUGAACAAAAACCGUGCGGACUUCCAGGCUAAGAUCGACUCCAUCAAGCAAUACAUGCAGUUCCGUAAGGUCUCCAAGGAUCUGGAGGCCAGGGUCAUUAAGUGGUUCGACUACCUCUGGACGGAGAAGAAGACCUGCGAUGAGAAGGAGGUGCUGAAGAACUUGCCGGACAAGCUGAAGGCCGAGAUCGCCAUCGACGUCCAUCUGGAUACCCUGAAGAAAGUGAAAAUCUUCCAGGAAUGCGAGGCUGGGCUGCUUAUUGAGUUGGUGAUGAAGCUGCAGCCUCAGGUGUUCUCCCCAGGAGAUUACAUCUGUAAGAAGGGAGACAUCGGCAGAGAGAUGUACAUCAUCAAGGAGGGGAAGCUAGCUGUGGUUGCGGAAGACGGGGUCACACAGUGGUGUGUGCUCAGCGACGGAGCGUACUUCGGAGAUAUCAGUAUCCUAGGCAUCAAGGGUUCCAAGGCUGGCAACAGGAGAACGGCCAACAUCAGGAGCGUGGGUUACUCUGACCUCUUCGCCCUGUCGAAAGACGACCUUAUGGAGGCUCUCACCGAGUAUCCCGAAGCCAAGAAGAUCCUGGAAGAGAAGGGAAAGGCUACGUUGAUGAAGGACAACAUGAUCGAUGAGGAAAUCGCUAAUGCAGGUGCCGACCCCAAGGACAUGGAGGAGAAGAUCCUCAGGCUGGAGAGUAAUAUGGAAAUCAUGACGUCCAAGUUGGCCAAGAUCAUGGCUGAGUUCACAUCCAGCCAGGGCAAGAUCAAACAGAGGAUCACCAACAUGGAGUCAACAGUCAAGUCGGUCCGGCCCGAGGAUAUAUCUGAGGUGGUGGCCGACAAGUAG